UCACGUAAAGCAGUGGAGGUAUAAGUAUUGUUUGCCGAAAGUUAUAGUUUAUUCAAAGUUGAAGUGAUAUAAAAAUAAGAUUUUAAUAAAUUGUAAUUGAAUAUUAAAUAAAUACUGAAAAAUUCUAAAUUGAUUUUAUAAAUAUUUCAAUAAAGUUGAUAAAUAUUUUCUUGAAAAUCAAUACAUUCUACACCCACUGAAAAUAAGACUGCGUAUUUGUUAGAAAAUUAUUUGCUUUGUUUCUAUAAAAGUUGUUACAGUUUUUAAGAGGAAAAAAGUCAUAGUUAAAAUGGAAAUAAUUUCACCAAAAGUACAAAAUAGUGAAAAAUUUAUUGAAACAGAUUAUGAAUAUCAAACUACAAAAGUGAAGCGUAAUGCCGAUGGGAAAAUCCAAGUUCAUCCCAUAACAACCGCUUUGAAAAUUCGCACCGAGAAACAUGUGCCCAAAGUUGGUGUUAUGCUCGUUGGCUGGGGUGGCAAUAAUGGUUCUACACUUACUGCUGCUUUAGAAGCUAACCGUCGUCAAUUGCAGUGGCGUACACGUACUGGUUUAAAUACAGCAAAUUGGUUUGGUUCAAUUACUCAAUCGUCUACUGUAUUGAUUGGUUCCGACGAAAAAGAACAAGAUGUGUAUGUACCAAUGAAGGAUUUAGUGCCGAUGGUUAAUCCAAAUGAUAUAUUAGUUGAUGGUUGGGAUAUAAGUGGAUUAAACAUUGGUGAAGCUAUGCGUCGUGCUCAAGUGCUCGAUAUAGGUGUACAAGAUCAAAUUUAUAAAGAUUUAUCAGCUUUAAAACCACGCCCAUCGAUUUACGAUUCCGAUUUUAUAGCAGCAAAUCAAUCGGAACGUGCUGAUAAUGUUAUUGAAGGCACGAAAUUUGAACAAUACGAACAGAUACGUCGCGAUAUACAAGACUUCAAGAAAAAAUCAGGUGUUGAAACAGUCAUUGUUUUGUGGACAGCUAAUACAGAGCGCUUUUGUAGUGUAAUCGAGGGACUAAAUACAACUAUGAAAGAUUUGGAGACAUCCUUAAAGGCUAAUAAAUCAGAAAUAUCGCCGUCUACUAUUUUUGCUAUGGCAAGCAUAGCCGAAGGAUGUACAUACAUUAAUGGCUCACCACAAAAUACUUUUGUGCCUGGAUUGAUUGAAUUGGCUGAACAUAAGGGAGUUUUCAUUGCUGGCGAUGAUUUCAAAUCGGGCCAAACCAAAAUUAAGUCAGUGCUCGUUGAUUUUUUGGUUGGAGCAGGCAUAAAGCCAGUAUCUAUUGCCAGUUAUAAUCAUUUAGGUAAUAACGAUGGCAAAAAUUUAUCAGCACCGAAGCAAUUUCGCUCUAAGGAGAUUUCAAAAAGUAAUGUUGUGGAUGACAUGGUUGCUUCAAAUAACAUUCUAUACAAGCCAAAUGAACAUCCUGAUCAUAUUGUAGUUAUAAAGUAUGUGCCCUAUGUGGGUGACAGCAAACGUGCUAUGGAUGAAUACACUUCUGAAAUCAUGAUGGGUGGUCACAAUACACUUGUGAUACAUAACACUUGUGAAGACUCACUUUUAGCUACACCAUUGAUUUUGGAUCUGGUUAUUUUGGGCGAACUUUGCUCUCGCAUACACAUUAAAAACGCUAAUUGUGCCAAUGCUGAAUGGGUGCCAUUCAAGCCUGUACUAUCACUGUUGAGUUACUUAUGCAAGGCACCUUUAGUUCCUCGUGGCUCUCAAGUUGUCAAUUCGUUGUUCCGUCAACGUGCGGCUAUUGAAAAUAUUUUACGUGGAUGCAUUGGUCUUGCACCCCUCUCCCACAUGACUUUGGAACAAAGAUUCGACUUCUCUGGUAUUGCUCAUGAACCUGCAAUAAAGAAGAUGAAAACAUUCGGCAAAAAUUGUGCUUUGGAAUCACAGGAUAAUGGUUAUACUAACGGUCAUACCAAUGGUCAUGUUAAGGAACAUGUGAAUGGCAAUGAUUGUGCCACCGAUCGCUAAUGAUCUAAUUUAAACUAUAUUCAUUAUCAUUAAUUUAACUAAAUGAAUUCUUUUAAGAUAUCAUACAUUAUGUUCUUUAACGUAUAAAAUAUCAGUAUGAUUAGAUGAAACACACAUGACAAGUACUUAGGUUUAUUGAUAGUAUUUACUACAUUUUGUAGUUGGUAUCUACAAAAUAAAGAAUUGGAAUAUUAGUGUCAUACAAAUUAGUCUUAAGUAUUGUUAAAAGUCAAAUUUUUUAAAAAAAGUUUUGUGUAAGAAACUAACCAUUUAACAAAAAUAAAUGUAUACUUG